UAGGCUGUUAAUUUUUUCUAAUGGCGUUUUGCUCGCUUUCAUGCGCUGUGUUAGUAUUGGUGUUCGAUCACCGGUAUGGGUUAUAUGAACGAGUUGAUGGCUCACGAAUGCAGACCGGCCUCAUGUAGAGAUUUCGGAGCUUCUAUAGUGAAGACGAGCAAGCGGGAAGAAACUACCACGUUACCGAUGGCGGAAGAUGCAAUCGCAUGAGGGUGACUCAUCUUCAUCUUGUUAUUGCCGUGCAGCUCGCCAGGCCUUAUCGGUACUUUCUCUUGAUGUCAUUGUCAUUUCAGGUCCGCAACACUGACACUCGCCCUCUUCUCCCCUCCAUACCAUUAUCGAUUCCCAUCCUAGUCAUCCACGGCGCGAAAGAUCGUAUCAUUCACUACGCAGAAUCUAACUAUCUCAUCAGACAUAUCAAACAUGCGCAACGCAUCGCAAUCGAUCCAAGUGGCAAGGUGCCAGGGAGUGUGCCCUCGGGGGCGUAUGGAUAUUCAUGGUAUGAAUAUUUUGAGCCCCGGGUCUGGGUUAAUGUUGCACAAACAUUCACCAAAGGGGGGUGCAGAGGAAGAGAGGGUCAAAUUGUAAUAUGUGUGGCAUGUCAUGAGGAAUCGCCGGAUUGUACAUGGACGCGACAUGGACUAGAGGGAUGUUGGGCUGUGAACGAAUUAAGCCACACUCUCCUCAUCCUUAGUCGCGGUUUCCAGCAUCGUGUCAAAGUCACGAUGAAGCAGAACCAGGGCAACUUGGCAGCACAUGAGGACUGCGUAAGAUAAAUCUAUUCCAAUAGUGACUUUGGCGUGGUCAGAACAGCAUGUACAUGUCGCCAGUCCAACAGGGCAACCCUGGAGAGUGUAUAUUAAUCUGGCAAACGCUAACCGAGGUCGACCAGAAGGGCCAUUGUAGCCAAAUUGUAGCGCCACUC